AACAUUUUCUUGAUUGAAUGAUCGUCAUCAUUUCAUCACUGACUCUUUUCUCCACUAUUUUUUCUGCUCUUUUUCCACUAUUUAUCAUCUAUCAAAAACAAACAAGGAAAACACACAUCCAUACCGGAUUCGAAUAUUAAAGUUUUACAUUGAAAAUAAGAAAAUCCGAUUAGAAUCUCAUAUUCCCAGAUACUUAAAAUUUUCUAUUUUGUCUCAAGUUUUGGUACUAUUGAACCUAUCAGAAUAACAAGAAAAUAAAAUUUCUAACAAAUUUCACUCUAUCUUUGGAACCGCAAGAAAUCCAUAAUUAUCAUUAACCAUGUCACUUCAAUGGACAUUGAUUGCCACAUUUCUUUACAUAGAAAUUGCCUUGAUCGUUUUAAUGUUAUUGUCAAUCAUUAGACCACGAUUUUGGCGUUCAUUUUUUCAAUCACGUUUUAUGAAGGCAGUGGCGGCGCAAUCCAAUCUUUAUCUUGUUGCAUUUAUCGGUGUUUUGCUCUUGUUUUUCGUUGAAUCCGUUCGUGAAUUUCACAAAUAUUCAAGUAAAUUGAAUACAAAUGAUCGUAUGUAUGUUGGAUCAUCAGCUUUCUAUGAAGACCAGAUGCGUGUAUUUCGUGGACAACGAAAUUUUUAUAUAUCUGGUUUUGCAUUACUCUGUGUAUUCAUCAUAAAACGUUUGAUACGAUUGUUAGGUGAAAUGGCACAAUUGAAAGCCGAUUCUGAAGCAUCGAUACGUCAAGCACGUAAUGCAGCUGAAUUGGCUAGCCAAACAUUAUCCGCUUCAACAUCUUCAUCAAAAAGUUCAUUAUCGGGUGAUAAAAAUGAUCAGAUUCCAUUGGAAAAGGAAAAUGCUGCAUUGAAAGAAACAAUUGAAGAAUUAGAGAAAAAAUUGAAAAAAGCACAAACAGAUCUAAAAGCAAUGGAACGACAAUCGGUUAAUACAAAUAAAGCAUUCGAUGAAAUGGCCGAAAAAUUGGCACGUUAUGAGAAAUCAUCCGAUUCACGUAAAGAUAAAUAAAUAAAAAUUCACUGAUAUCAUUCUGAUUUGUUUUUUUACUCUUUGUUUUAAUAAUUGAAAACAAAAAACAAUUCAAUGACAGAUU